UGAACGCAGACAAAACAACAGAUGAGAAAUGUUAUGGAUGUGGAAAUAAGAAGUGGAUAGACACUUCCGUGACAUUUUAUCAGCGCACAAUGUCUAAACUGCAGAUUUUAAGUGUUUUUCUCACAGAUAGAUUAACAUUAGCUGCGCAGGAGAUUUUUAAGGCUGUGGAAGACAUAUUUUCAGAGUAUAAUGAGGAGAUUUGUCGCUCCAGACAGGAGAUUGAGCUGCUCAAGAGGAGACUGCAGCAGGCAGGAGUUCAGAUGGACGCUGAAACGCAGCCUUGCUCCACCGAGACUCAAGGACAGAGAUACACCCAGACAUUUUCAGAGGAAUGGAGAUCUGAACAUGACUUGAAAGAUACAGAGAUGCAUAUGAAACUAGAAGUUUAUACACAGCCCGACGAGAAUGAAGAGGACAUGCCUGUGUGCGGUGAAUCAGCAUCUUUAUCACCAUGUAUGGACAUUUAUCAUGAUCAGACGCCCAGCAAAGACACUGAAACCCAAGUGAUGGACAGUAGUGAGAAUAAUUUUCCCUUUAUUAACAAAGCAGCUCGAAUUAAGAAUGAGCCUGAGACUAAUACUGAAACAGGUACCACCUGCCAAAUACAGCAGAACAUCACAAAACAAGGUUUGGAUGAUUCAGGGGCCAGUUAUGCUUCCAGUGACGUCAACAAAGUCAAAGUUAGCCACGUUGGCUCCCCCAGACAUGAGACACAAACAUUUAAUCUGCCCCUCAGAAAACAAGAGAUGUUGACAAAGCAUCGGAUGGAGCUGGCCCAGAUAAGAGCAAGAUUGGCAGAUGAAGAGCGAAAGAAGUCCGCAGCAAAAGCUAGAUCCCUAAAGCACAAGCAGAAAGUAUACGGGAAUCCUGAGCUUCGUGAGGCAUGCAGGAAAAAGGAGAGAGAGAGUAAAUUACAAUCACAGCAGGAAAGGAACAAGAGGAAUAAGAGUGAAAAUGAGGAAAUUCACAGAGUAAAGAAGAUCAGACACUUUGAAGAAGUGACACUUGAUAAAGAACAACAAACACAGUCCAAGACAAGCCUGGCUGACAUAUGUUUGGAAGACGUUCAGCAUGAAGAGGAACUGUCUGAAAGCUACCCAACACAUCAUGAUAUUCACGGAAAUCCACACGGUACAGGAGAGUAUUUGUGUGUGGUGUGCCGCAGACGGUUCAGCUCACCAGGACUGCUGAAAAUUCAUCUGCGAGUUCACUCUGGAGAGAAACCCUACCACUGCAACUUUUGUGGGAAAAACUUUAGACAAUCAAGUCACCUGAACACACAUGUCCGGAUCCACACGGGAGAGAGACCUCACAUCUGUCAGAACUGUGGGAAGACGUUUAUUGACUCCAGCGCAAGAAACAGACACUUCAAAAAAUGCGUUCUUAUCUCUCUGCAAGCACCAUGAAAUCAUAAGGAGCACCUGUUGUUUUCUGUAGCUCACUGAAAUGGAAAUGUCAUGGUAAAUACUUUCAAGGCUAAAAUGACAGCAGCUGAUUUUUUACAAUAGUGACGUUUCAAUCGAUAGGUCCGAUCCAGUGUCAUUAAAAACACAACCACUAGAAAAGUGAUGUGUGAAGAACAUCUCCUCCUCCUGUCUUUAAAAAAAAAAAGAUUUUACCUUUUUGUUUUUUUGCACAGAAAUUUUACCUGAACUCCUUAAAACACAUUCAAUGGUACGUUUUCCACAGCAGGACUAAUAGAGUUUCUUGAAACAUCUGAACUGAGGUAUGGCUCACAUUUUAACCAUGUAAUGCUUUGUUUAUUUACUGAGAAAAUCUUUUUUCUACUUAAAAAAAGCUGUUUAUGCCUCCAUGUUUUAUCUUGUUUCUUCUACUUAAUAUUAAAUGUUUAUUA